AGCAUUCCAUUCGUCACGUCGAGAUUGUGAUUGUGAUUAACAGAGACAAACGUGUGUAAAGCAAGAUGAAUUCUUUAUCGAAAAUGGCUAAGCAAGAAACUAGCAAAUCGUUCAAAGUUGGCGAUUUGGUGUUUGCCAAAGUGCGCGGCUACAAACCAUGGCCGGCGGUGAUUACCCAUGAUGUUAAUAGGAAGAAGCAGUACACUGUGAGCUUUUAUGGCUCGGGACAGAUCGGCUACAUACUACUGAAAAACCUCACGCCAUACCUCAAGCUUAAGGAAGAGUAUUCCACUGAACAUCACCUGAAGCAAGCCGAUUUCCGCAGGGCUAUGAUUGCAAUUGAUGAAGUGGCCGAGAAGGCGACCACUGUGCAACAAGAAACUGCAAACAACCAAAAGCAAUCACACCCAGCAAACAAUAAAGAAAAUGAUAUGCUGUUGCUGUAUAUGCCUCCAUCCAAAGUCUUCGGCAUCAACAUCAACUACAACAAGCCGAAGAGAUUUGAAAAUGCCGCUGCGGAGCAGUCCUGGAUGGAUGAGUCGCGUAAAGAGGCCAAUCUACUGAAGCUCCAGUUGUUGUCAGGACAAAAAGAUCCCAGAUCGCUUCCAGGACGUGUCGUCGCUGAACCCUCUUCCAACGAGACGACCAAGCAGGAAGAAGUGAAACUACGAGAGGAGAUCAAAAAACAGGAGACAGCUAUGUUUAUAGAGCGGAACUUAAUUCAGCUAACCGCAGUGGUCCGCUGCUGCUUGAACCAGCGUCGAGCUAAUGUGAGCCGUUGCUUUACGAACCUGAAGCUAUUAAAAAAAUUGGAUGUGACCAAGCUAAUGCUGCUGCGUAAUCCACAAAGUGUGGAAACGAUCCGUUCGAUGCGACGAUAUGUGGGAAAUUUGAAUGUCUGGAAGAUGGACGCCUCCGAUGAGGCUGCGUUCAAUGCACAGGCCAAAAUCAUUCGUCAAAAGGCCACGAUCAUUUACGAGCGCUUCCAAACGGUGCUCAACUUAGCUGAGGGGGAAGACUUCUGGCCAGAUUUCUGCAAUGAGGUCAAAAUUUACAAGGCCAACACUAAAAACAUCAAUCCAAAUCUACGCAACGCCAUGGACGAAGCCACGUACUACAACCUCGUUGAAGCCAAACAAGGGAAUACCCCAGCUUCCGCUAAAGAAUAGGAAAACAAACCAUUCAAUUAAAGCCCAAAAAGACGAUUUCCCAAAGGGCAAACUUCUAUUGCUAACUUCACAAAAUUACCACAACAUGCACAUGAAUAUCAAGUUCCUUAUUUGACUUAGUUUAGACGAUGGACCAUCAACAUCCCGCCGAACCAAUUAACUCUAAUCCACAUACGAAGUACAAUGUGUUUGAUUAACAAUAAAUAAAGCUAUGGAUGGUA